AUGAGUGGUUACGGGAACAGCAAGGCGGCGCCUGAGUUGGUGAAUUCUAAGACGUCAGUGUUUUGUGGGACAUGGACACCUGUCCGGUUCCCGAUGGUUAUGAUGCUGUCGUCGGGUCUGUUCAAAUAUAGAGUCGGCGUUGAAGAAUUUAGGCUACUUGGGUCUUGGUGUAACCAUCUCCGCCAUGGUGGGAAAUGGUCACAAGCCCUGCACACUACUGCAGAGUGGCUCUGGAAAACCAUACUGGGGGAUGGUCAACAGGAGCCAAGAAGAUAUGUUCUUCACAAGUGCAGUGAAUCUGGUGAAUCUACCAAGUUUUUCUGUAAAUCAUGCGAAUUUACUGCCCCAAGCGUUACAAAUCUCACCUGGCAUCUCUCCACUAAAACACAUAAACAGAAGGUAAGCAAGUUUGCCUCGGCCAGACUAUAA